UUCCCAAAGGCUUGAGACAUGGAUGGACAGAAAAAUUACGACUUAUUAUGCCCCUGAAGAGCUGUUUUCUACUGUUGCCGCCCACCACGAUGGGCCAGAUAAAACUGCAACAUCACAUUUGACUUUUAUUUAUUUACCGUUUAUGUUUUGCGUGAGAACCACAAAAUUUAGAUUUUUACACAACGCAUAGAAUAGUUUCCUCUAUAUAAACAAGCAGUAGCAUAACCACCUCCCACUGCCUGUGCCUACAUUCCUACACAGAGAUAUUAUAGAAGAUAAAAAUAUGGUCUCAAAUGGUUUGGACUCAACACCACGAAAACAUAAACGCCAUGUCGUUUUGUUCCCGUUCAUGUCCAAAGGCCACACAAUCCCACUCCUCCACCUAUCUCGUCUCCUCCUCAAACGCCACCUCUCUGUCACCAUCUUCACCACCCCGGCCAACCGACCUUUCAUCGCUGACUCUCUCGCCGACACUUCCGCCUCCAUAGUCGACCUUCCGUUCCCAGAAAACAUCCCCGACAUCCCCGCCGGCAUUGAAAGCACGGACAAGAUCCCUUCCAUGUCGCUCUUCUAUUCCUUCGUCACAUCCACCAAACGCAUGCAACCCGACUUCGAACGAGCUCUGCAGUCUCUUCUGCCACAUGUCAGUUUCGUGGUCUCCGAUGGGUUCCUCUGGUGGACACGUGAGUCUGCGUCUAAGUUCGGUAUCCCAAGGUUAGUCUCCUACGGUAUGUGCGCUUAUGCUAAUUCCGUGUGCAUAGCUGUGCUCCAGGAUCGCCUUCUCCAUGGACCCAAGUCGGACACCGAGUUGAUCACCGUGACUCGCUUCCCGUGGAUUCAAAUCACCAGAAAUGACUUCAUCCCUGCGUUAACAGACCCUGAGCCGGACCCUGUCGUUUCCGAGUUCCACAUGAACUGUGCAAUAUCAACGAUGAGUAGCUUUGGCACGAUUUUCAACAGCUUCUACGAGCUUGAGCCUGUGUUUGUUGAUUUUAUGAGCCAGCUGGGUGGUCAGCGUGAGAGUGAGACCAAGACCUGGUGUGUUGGGCCUCUUUGCUUGGCCGACCCAGUACCCAGAAUUCAACCAAACCCAAGUAAUAGACCCGCAUGGGUUUGGUGGCUAGACCAGAAGCUAGAACAGGGGAGCUCUGUUUUGUACGUAGCAUUCGGGUCACAAGCUGAGAUUUCACCUGAGCAACUUAAAGAAAUAGCAAAGGGAUUAGAAGAAUCAAAGGUUGAUUUCUUAUGGGUGAUAAGGAAAAAAGAGUCAGAGCUAUCAGAUGGAUUCGAAGAGAGAGUGAAAGGCAGGGGUAUAGUGGUGAGAGAUUGGGUAGAGCAAAGGGAGAUACUGAUGCAUGAGAGCGUACAGGGGUUUCUGAGCCACUGCGGAUGGAAUUCAGUUUUGGAGAGCAUAUGUGCUGGGGUUCCGAUUCUUGCGUGGCCCAUGAUGGCAGAGCAGCCAUUAAAUGCAAGAAUGGUGGUGGAGGAGAUCAAGGUUGGGUUGAGGGUGGAGACAUGUGAUGGAUCGGUGAGAGGAUUCGUCAAGUGGGAAGGUCUGAAGAAGAUGGUGAGGGAGUUAAUGGAAGGGGAAAAGGGAAAGGAAGUGAGGAAGAAAGUGGAGGAGGUUGCAGAAAUGGCAAGGAAGGCUAUGGAGGAUGAAGGAUCAUCAUGUCGUGCGUUGGAUACUCUGAUUGAUAAGAUUUGCAAUUGCAAACAAUGAAAAAGGGUCCUCUGUCUUUAAUAUAUAUGUUACCGCUGCUGAUAUAUUUUUUCAUCGAUGCACAUGAAUGAAUCGAAAAUAUCAUAUUUAUGACU